AUGCCUUCCGUUCACUCCAAGUUUAUGGAUGAGGAAGCCGAACAGCGCAAGAAGGUUGCCAAGAUGUGGGCUCCUGCUAUCUCUUUCUUCUCUGAUAAAAGGAGGAAGGGCAAGUCAUCUCAGGGUGACGAGGAUGAGGACUCCACCAACGUGCGCACCUUCAGCGUCCCAUUGGACCCAGACACACCCGAAGAUGAUGAUAAAAAGAAGCAGUACUACACGGUCAAGCUUCCAGUCUUCGAAAUGGGUGACACACCAGAAGAAUGGUGUGAAUGGAGGUUCAACAUUGAUGAUCUAAUCAAAACAUUGGGAUACACCAAGACGGCUCAGAUCGUCCGUGUCCAGCGCAGCCUUCUCAAAGGCAAAAGCGCCGAGCUCUACCAGAGCUUCUACAACAAGCGGUUCGCCCGCAAGGUUGAGAAGGAAGAUCGGCAGAGGAUGGCUUUGAACAAAGUCUUGAACGACAUGGCCUUGAAAAUCUUUGCUGAUGGAGCCUGGGCAGCUCGUUCCCAGAAGCGCUACAUGCGCAACAAUCUAUUCAUGGGCAACAUGGAUCCGGAGAAAUUCGCGGACCGCCUUGAAAAGCUAAACGAUUAUUUGAAAUAUUUCCCCAUUGACAAGGUGGAAAUGGAACAUCCCCCAAACAAGAAACUUGAUUGGGAUGAACUGGUUGACAUCAUGGACUAUUCCACGCCUAGGCGCUGGCACCCCUUGAUGCUCAGCCAGGGCAAGCAGCCACACCUGUUCACGAGCUUCAAUGAGGCUGUGACGUACUACCAGCGACUUUACAAAGCCGACCUACUUUCCCGCAAGCUCUCCGAAGCCAAUGGUUUCAAUGGAGGCAACAACGGAGGUGGAGGUGGUGGUCCUGGUGGCGGUGGUGGCAGAAAGCGCCACCGUGGACAUAACAAGGAAGCGAACAAUAGCACCAAGGAGCGCACUCCCUGCAACACCUGUGGGAAAAUGCACCGUGGAAAGUGCUGGCACAGCAAAGAUUCUGGAAGCGGAGACCGCCCCAACAAACGUGCCAAGUUCCAUUCCAACAAAAAUAAGAGUAAGCCUCAAAGCUCCCAUGUCAUGAUUGAGACCAAAGAUCUCAAGAAGCUUGUUGCUAACCAAGCCAAGCGCGCUCGCCAGGAUGAAGAAGAAUCUGUAAGCAGCUUCGAUAACAUCCUAGCUAGCCUUACCAUUGCCGGUGACAACAAGGACAAAACCCAAGGUAAGCACUGCCUGCAAAUUGACUGCGAGUCCAGCACCUGUACUGACUGUACUGACAUUGAUGACGAUCUACCUCCAUUGAUGCCCAGGUUAAGCACAGCAUACAGUGAUGAUGAAGACAAUGACAGCAACAGUAGCAGUAGCAAUAAUACCUUUAGUAGUAACGAACAACCAGAACAAUUGUCCCCCUUCUAUGAGGAUAUCCGUAGACCAAAGAAAAAGGUCAAAACUGGGCACUAUACAGCCAAAGUCUUAGUCCAGAUAAUGAAUCGGAAUGAGGAGAUUGUCCCAGCUAGAGCAUUGCUCGACACUGGCACUUCCUCAACACUCAUCCUAAAGGAGUUUGUUCGCAAAGGCAGAGCAGGCUACAAAGGAAAGAAGGUUCAAUGGAACACUCUUGGUGGACAAUUCGAAACCAAACAAAGAGCUUUAGUGGACUUCAAGUUCCCAGAGCUAGAUGCCAAUAAAACUGUCACAUGGGUAGCCAAUGUAGAUGAUGUACAUCCCUCCAGCAACAUGGCAUAUGACAUCAUCAUUGGUAUGGACCUUAUGACUGAACUUGGUAUCUAUGUAGACACCGAAGAAAAGGUGAUUGUAUGGAAGGACAGCACUGUUCCCCUCAAGCAACGUGGGCAACUCAGUGAAAGUCACUUCAUGGAAGCGCUCUACCAUAUGAAUGUAGAGGCACCUAUCCUCCAGGAAGCGGAGUCACGCCAAAAGCGGAUUCUAGAUGCAAAUUAUUCCAGUGUAGACAUUGAUGAAAAUUAA